UUUGACGGAUCCACCUUACCAUACCCCGUGAUCUGCACAACAACAUAACAAAGUGGGGAAAAGAUGGCGAGCGAGGAGGAGGCCAGACGCCCCUCCGUUUCCUCCUCUUCGGUAGGUCUUGAGGCCUUGUUCCCAGGCGGGGGAUCUGACCAACCUUGCGGAGAUGGGAACCCGGAGCUAGUGCGACUUCGUGAACGGCUCCAGGGCUGGUUGUCGCAGUAUGAGCCCGUGGUGUUGUGGGUGCAGAGGCUACUUGUCUGGGAGAGGCCCUUGUACAGCAUCAUUGCUGCCCUCACGCUUAACACCAUGUUCUGGCUCUUGUCGUCCACCUCUUUACGUCCGCUAUUUCUUUUGAGUGUCUCUCUCCUUGGUCUCAUACUCCUGGAAAGAUGGAAAUAUAAACUCCCAAAAAUGACUGUCCGGAAUCCCGAGGCUGCCACUGUUGAAAGGGAGACCAUGACUGUGCAACCUCGUCUUUUGAGCGUGGCCGAACUUAGCCAUCACCUGGCAGAGAGUUACCUGACCUGCAGCCUCUACAUCCAGGAGAUGCUCCAGUUCAAACAGCAGAACCAUGGCAAGUUCUGUGCCAUGAUGUGCUGCGGCUGUUUAGUUUUGGCUAUGGUUGGUCACUAUGUUCCAGGAAUUAUGAUUUCUUACAUCAUCGUGUUGAGUGUGUUGCUUUGGCCACUGGUUGUGUAUCACGAGCUGAUCCAGAGGAUGUACACUGGCCUGGAGCCCAUUCUAAUGAAGUUGGACUACAGCAUGAAGGGGGACACCCAGCAUCGCAAACACGACAAGCGCAAGGUAAAGAAGGAGUCUGAGGAGGGCGAUGAGCCGCGAGCUGAGACGGAGAGUGAGAGCGAGGAGGAGCUCUCCUGCUUCGCUCCGACGGUGGAUGUGAAGACCACAGCAUUGGCCAUGGCCAUCACAGACUCGGAGCUGUCUGACGAGGAAGCGAGUAUCCUAGAGAGUGGCGGAUUCUCUGUGUCCAGAGCCACCACCCCACAGCUGACCGACGUCUCUGAAGACCUGGACAGGCAGAGCAUGAAUAGUGAACCAGAGGAAACGUUCUCUAGAGAUCUUCCAGAGUUCCCUUCUGUGGACGAGUUCCCUUCCUUGGAGCACGGUUUGUUCCACUUCCCCCUGGGUGCCUCCGCACCGGCAGAGAGUUCCACGGUAGAACAUUCAGAGACGGACUACCAAAGCGCCGCCAGCCUGCUCCUUCAACAUUUAGCGUCCCCUCUCCAUUUCGUCAACACCCACUUUAACGGGCACGGCAAGCUGGCCGGCACUAGCCAGGCCGCUGCGGUCGGAUCGGUGAAAGAGGAAGAGGAGGUUGGCGAUGAAGGAGAGGUGACCCCAGAGGCUCCUGGCCCCAGCCGCUCCCUGGAGGCGUUGAGCGAGGAGAUUGUGAGCACGGCCAUCUCAACCGUGGUCCAGAACACACUGUCGGCCCUGCUGCGCACCACUGAGGCCAUGGAGGCGCCGUGCAUGGAGGAGUUCAUGCCCACCGAAAUGCCCCCAUGCCCCAUGGAGUCCACCCUGGAAACCCCUGACAGUGCCGCCGCCGCCACCACCACCACCACCACCACCACCGCCGCCUCUUCUGCCCUCCACCACCACACAGCACCUAUCAGUGGUGAGGAGAAGGAGGAUGUGACCGGUGAAGCCAGCGCAGACGAACUGCCGGACGUCACGCUCAUGCCGGCCGAGGAGGAGGACUUUGAGCUUCUGGACCAAAGCGAACUGGAGAUGAUGGACGAAGGCUUGGAUUUGGGCCUUGACGGACAGGGUGUGGGUACAACAGCCUCCACAACGCCAGACACACCAGCCAGUGGCGAUCAGCACCCUCAAAUGUCCUAGCUUCCUAUGCCAUCCCACGAUCCCCUGUUCACCCUUCUUGCCUGUACUAAAAUGCUCCUUUUAUUUAUAGUUUUAUGUAGAUACACCAUAUAUACCAACGUAUACACUUACAGAUGGGGUCUAUCAGGCACAGUCAGUUAGUCCUUUGUGUGUGUUUGUGUGUGUUUGUGUGUGUGUGUGUGUGUGUGUGUGUGUGUGCUCGCUCGUGUGUGUGGUUUUGGAAGUGGGAAAUCACUGUGACUGACCUGGGUCUGUAUUAUGAAGACGUUCAAUGAGUGGCCCAUUUUACGUUUUGUGUGCUCUUGAGGUGCCCCAUUGUUUCUUUGAAGAAAAAAAAAAAGUUUCAGCUCUUCUCUGGUAGCGUCAUGUUGAUGUUCAUUGUGCAGGAUUGGAACCAGAACUUGCUGAUUGCUGCCCCCUUAGAAUUAUAAGGUUCUAUCUGCCAUUUUUAAUCAAAAUUGAGUUAUAUUCUUAUUCUGACAACUUCUAACAAUAUUCUUAUUCUGUGACAACAUAAUAAGGUGAGGUCAGGUGUUGUUCGGCUUGUUCAACCUAUCAGUAUAACUCUAUGGAAUUCUAAAACUUUGAAACUCAAAAUCUCAUAACUACUCAGAACACAGAUAGAAGCUUAUAAUUCCAGGGGUUUCCAAAGCCCCCUCAGAAUGAACAUCAUCAUCUUUGCAGUUGUUUUUUUAAACAACACUGUGGCCUGAUUGUCUCAGGUUGGAAGUAUGUGGCAUUGAACCAGUCUUUUCUUGUUUUAUCCUGACGGUUGUCCUUUUUUAUCUGGUUGUGAUUCUGAGCUGAUGAAUAGGGGUUCAUAAAUACUAAACUGGGGAACAAGACAAGCAAACUGAAGUGAUCAUGUGUGAGUGAUGAGGUGUGAUUGGUGCUCACGGAAAUGGAAUUGGAUCCCUGAUGUUACAAUGUUAACAUUUUUAAUGUUUUUUUUUUUUUAAUAGAGCUGAAAUAAUAUAAAUAUACAGAGGAAUAUAUCAAUACAAUUAUGGUAUAUAAAUGUAUACACAUAUAUUUUAUUUUAUCUCUAAGGUCAUAUUGGGAUGUUUUAUUUAAAAGGUGUGGUCAGUGUACUUUAGUAAGAGGAAGACAACCCUCCCAAACCUUUUUUUUAUUAUUAUUUUUUUCAGGACAUCAUACCAUUUGGCUGUCAUUAUUAAAACUAGACUUGCACAGUUUGAACAUAGUCUUGUUUGCUUUGCAUGGAAGACAGUGGUGGAAUUGACAGAUAACUGACAAUCCCUCGCCAUCAACUGCCAAAUAAGAGCAGAUGGGGGAGGGGCAUUUUGCAGUAGACUUACAGUUUGUGCUCUGUAUGCAUCUCCUAUAGCACUUAAACAAGAGCAAGAUUACUGUUUUGUUGUUGCAGUAUAAUCUUAUUUCAAAACAAAAAUAAUAAUCAUACUUAACUGGCAACAAUAUGUACAGUGUGUUCCAAUGCCCGCCCCCACCCCACACACACACGUUCUAAUCAUGUUUACUGACGUGAGCUUGUUACUAAUGGCUUAACAGUAGGAAAGAACAUUGGAUACAAUCAGGUUUCAAUCAUAAUCCCAUCAAAGUAGAGGCACAUUUUGACCUGCCUUUAGCCCCUCUUCAGAGAUGUGGAAUAGUACAAUUAAAUUAAGCAUUGUUGUCAUUCAUCUUGAUGUUAGUUUUCUAUUCAUCAUGAAUUAAAGUGCUUCUUAAUUUUAUGUCCUGUUCUGGGUUCCAUUCCUAUGGUCCACUGUGCAUGAUCUUGGGAUUGGAAAAAGCAUUUAUGUACACCACUGUGGUUUGUGUUUGCUUUUUGUUCAUGGAGCUGUAUUGAAGGCCUUUUGAGUCAAGCAUGGGAUGGUUAACAGUAGACAUAUUCAUAUACCUCUGUUCAUUCCUAGAUCAUGUGAUCUGACAGGCAUUUUGUACAACCCCUAUAUAUUGGAUAUCAGUGCUUUGGUUUGCCUUCAACAAAUUAUGUUUAUUAUAUAUUUCAAGCUAUGAUUAUUUUAAUGGAAGAAUGACCACUCAAAAGCACGUCAUUGCUAUAAUUGACUGUGAAUAACCCAACUUGAUUUUACGAGUGAAACUAAAAGUAACAUUUUAAGUUCAAGAUAACUUUUGUAAUGUUCACAACAUGCCACCCGUCACAGAAAAGGUUAUCACAUGUCUUAGAUGAUAUUAAGACUGCCAAUUGGACAUUCUACAUGGGAGAUGCUUUGGUUUAUAUUCAUAUUCAAGAGAAUGUUAAAACUACUUAAUGUACAUGAGUAUGUAAAAUCAACUGAAAAAACUACAGUAUGUUUUUCAAAAGCAAUUUUCAACUGUCAUGUUCUGUACUAUAGAAAUGUAUGUGUUUGCUCAUGCUUUUACUGCUUCUUGACCUAUAAAGGCUCUUAAAUAUUCA